AUGGGCGAGGGCUGCCAUUUCUGCGUUCGAUUCAGCCCCGACGGCGCCCGCGUAGCCACGGCCGCCGCCGAAUGCAUCGAAAUCUGGCAGACCGGCAGUCGUGGGCCGCCGCGGCUGCAGCACCGCCUCGACCAGGGCCACUCGGAGAUCGUGACCCACCUCGUGUGGAGCCACCACAGCCGCGGCAGCGGAGAAGGCAGCGCCGAGCAAGUAGUGGGCGACUUCUUCAGCUGUUCGCUGGACAAGACGAUCAAGCUGUGGCGCGACUGCCGCGUCGUCCACUCCUUUGACGAUCACAAGGACUGGCUACGCAGCUUGACGCUCACGGCGGACGACGCGACGCUGCUCUCUGGCUGUGUAUCGUCGACCAUCUGCGGGUGGGACGUGGCCACCGGUCGGGUCCUCUUCACGCUCCCCGACGCCCACUCCUCCGACGUCUACACGGAGCUCAACACAAUCAACAGCCUCCAGUUCAUGAACGCCGACGUCAACCUCUUCUUCUCGGGCGCUCGUGACGGCUUCAUCAAGAUGUGGGACAGGAGAGACAUGCGGCGCCGUACCAGGUCGGUGGCCGACAUCCGCGCACACGCGGCCAAGAUAAACACGCUCAGCGUCGCGCUCGACGAUCGCCAGCUGCUGUCGUCGGCCCGAGACUCGGCACUGGCCCUGUGGGACAUCCGCCUGUUCACGAACCGACUCAAGGGCGGUCACGCGCACGAAGCCAGAGAAGGGGGGAAGGGUCCCGUGCGGCGGUACGCGCAGCACAAAUGCAACGGCUACAACAUCUCUUCCACGUUCCUCAACCACGACCGACACAUCGCCACCGGUUCGGAGGACAACUGUAUAUACAUCUACGAACGCGAGUCGGGGCAGGUGGUCACGCAGCUGGAGGGCCACUCGUCGGUGGUGCACCUGGUCGACGCCGUCGACAGCGAGCCGCUCAAGCUGGUCUCCUCCUCGAUCGAGAACUCAGGGCUCUAUCUGUGGUCCCCACAACGUAAGAAGAAACCGCGCGCGAAGGCCGCCAAGACCGCCGAGGAGGCGCGCGACCUGGGCGAGGCGAACUUCCUGCGCAAUCACCGAACAGCCGUCGAGUCCCUCAUGCAGAAGUACGGCGAGCAGAUGCUCAAGGUCUUCCACGACCACAACUUCACGUUUUCAAGCAACAUGGGCUGGGGCACGCUCAUCGCGCAGGUGGGCCAGGACAACCCGUCGGCGGACCUGCUCAACAUGGUCAACGAUAUGGCGACGGAUUUUGCACGGAUGUUGGAUCUCUACCGGUUCGUAAGCGAGCCGGGCGACGAAGGUGACGACAACGCCUUUGCGCCGGCUUUGCCGCUGGAGGUAACUUCUGCGCUCGGCGCCGGGCGACAGCCGCGAACGCCGCCGCCCUGGCGCCGCGGCGGCGGUCAGACCGGCGAUGAGGAGGACGAGGCCGAGCGCAUGGCGGAGCACGACCGACCACUCCCACCCGAUGAGCUACCGCGCAGCAUGCUCGACCAGGACGACGACGACAGCGAUGGCGAUGGCGGUGGCGAUGAAGGCGAGGGUCACGACUCGCGCGACGGCAAUGACGAAAACGAAAACGAAAACGAAAACGAUGAAGAGGAGGAGCCGGUGGUCAUGAGGGACGAGCCCACUGCGGACGAGCGGGCGCAGGAACGGGCGCUUCGGAACACGCUGCGACGGCUCCUCAGAGCGGGCGGCGGACCCAGCACCUGGGAGCACGUACACCGGGCUCUGCAACAGAGGCAGGCCGCGCGGGAGCAGAGGUACGAGGAGCGGUUACGGCAGCGCCGGGAGCAGCUGGGCCAGCGACAACAGGGCCGGGAGGAGAGCGCAGCCAGUGCCCCUCGCGAAGAAGAAGACGACGAAGACGACGACGAGAACAGGGGUUCGAUCGUAGAAGGUGACGAAGCGUCUUGUCCCUGA